AUGGAAGAGUCCACAAUGAAGGCGGCCAAGCAAGAAAUCGAGAGAUCUUUGAAGAUAGUACUAUUCAGCAUGCAACGUAUAGGGUUCUCGUUCGACAAACCUAAGAAUGCUGCCGCUUAUUUACUCCAAAAAAUCAUUUUAGUCGUAUCUGUUUGCGGAAUAUGCCUUCAUGUAUUCAGUGAACUCGCUUACAUACUGUUCACGUUCGCAAGCUCUCCUAGCAUUGAAGAUGUCGUGCCACUCUUCCAUACUUUUGGUUAUGGCGCUUUGAGUGUUGCAAAAAUAUUUGCCUUCUGGUACAAAAAGUCAGUAUUUGGAGAAUUGGUAGACGAACUAGCUGGUAUAUGGCCUAUGCCUCCUCUGAGUGAUGAUGCCCAGGAGUUCAAAGAUAAAAGCCUUACUGCUUUGCGUAUUAGUCAUAGAUGGUACUUUGGUGUGAACAUUAUGGGAGUGUGGUUUUAUAACUUGACGCCGAUUAUCACGUAUUUUUACCGAAUUUGGCAAGACCAAGACGCGGUUAUCGGAUUCGUAUGGGCAUCUUGGUACCCAUUCGACAAGCAUCAGCCUAUUGCACAUAUUGCUUGUUAUUUAUUUGAAAUGUACGCAGGUGUGGCUUGUGUUUGGAUAAUGGUUUCGUCAGACUUACUUUUCUCGGGAAUGGCAAGCCAUAUUGCACUACUAUUGAGGAUUUUGCAAUGGCGUUUGGAAUCUUUUGCAUCUACAGAAAAAACGGACGACGAAAACUAUGAAGAAAUACGCUCUAACAUCCAAUUGCAUCAACGACUUAUUAGCUAUUGUAACAGGUUGGAAGAAGCGUUCUCGCUGGUCAAUCUUAUUAAUAUCGUGAUGAGCUCCAUAAAUAUUUGUUGUGUCGUCUUUGUGAUCGUGUUACUGGAGCCGGUAUUGGCGAUAAGUAACAAAUUGUUUUUGGCAUCGAUACUGAUUCAAGUCGGGGCGAUGUGCUGGUAUGCUGAUGAUAUUCUUCACGCGAACGGUAAUAUAUCUGCUGCUGUAUAUAAUAGCGGUUGGUAUAAAACCAGCCCUCGUUGCCGGCGCUCUCUUCUCUUCAUUAUUCUGAGAUCUCAGAAGCCUAUCGCAUUCACUGCAAUGAAAUUCACAAAUAUCUCACUUAAAACUUACUCCUCGAUAUUGACGAGAUCAUAUUCAUAUUUUGCUCUGCUCUACACUAUGUAUAGCGAGAAAUAA